AUAAAAAGGGCUCAUCUAAUUUAAUUUGGGGGACACUCCUCUUUUAAUGCCAACGGCGUACGGUCAAGCGUCACAUCCUCCGAUGUGUAGUCUCCUCCUCUCGAAGCUCCGACCUCUCCUCUCUCACUCGCCGCCGUUUUUCGCUGCUCCUUUCCGGCGGCGGCGGAGCCUCGCGUUUAGCGCACUUCCUACAAAGACGAAAGCCGUGGACGCAGCGUUGCUGAAGGAGAAAUGGUUGGAGUCUCUCACUCUUCCCUCACCAGAAGAACACGUGGUGACUCGGGAGUCGAGUUAUGUCAUUGGGGUAGACCCAGACUUGUCCGGUGCUUUGGCUCUCUUGAAAAUUAACCACGUCUUGGCUUCUUCUGAAGCUCAGGUCUUUGAUACUCCUCACCUGCCGGUUUUAGUUGGGAAAAGAGUGCGGAAACGUUUGGAUGCAAAGUCAAUAGUUCAGUUGAUUCGAAGUUUAGAUAUACCAUCUGGAAGUACGGCGUAUAUAGAGCAGUCAACUCCCUUUCCUAAAGAUGGGAAACAGGGUUGGUAUAGCGGAGGUUUUGGAUUUGGAUUUUGGAUAGGAACACUUGUUACGUCAGGCUUUUCGGUUGUCCCCGUUCCUUCAGCCUUGUGGAAGAGGCAUUUUCAACUUGCUGGUGGUAACUGCACAAAGGAUGAUAGUAGACGAGUUGCAUCGGACUUGUUUCCUCUGCUUAGUUCGCAACUCCAGAGGAAAAAGGACCAUGGUCGAGCUGAAGCACUGCUCAUUGCGGCAUAUGGGGAAACUCUUAAACACGCGAAAUUGUUGUACACGCCUCAAGAGUUUGUCUCCUCUGAGGUUUAGUAGAAAGCUAGUCAUUGUAAUGUUUUUCACUCUCCUCAACUCAUUAGUUUCUUAUCAAACAAUUCUGAUUUGUAGUCGGUACUUACCAUUGCUAACUGACUUUUAAAUAACAUUUCGAGAUCAAA